AUGUCGAAAUCAGGCCAAAUUCGUCUCAAACAACUCAUCGGCAUCCCGAAAACACUGCUCCACACCCCGAAACCAUGUCAGAACCCGAUUGGACGGCCUGCUGGCCCUAGAACGCUGUCGACGAAUCACGUCAAGCAAAUUGCGCCCGGAGAGGCUCGAAAGAGUGGGUCGAGAUAUACAUCGUCCUUGCUGGUAAAGAGGCGGGAGAGGUUUUUGCAGUGGAAUGGGGUACGCCAGUCUUCUUACUGGAGAAACGCUUCGCACGCUCGACAGUCUGAUGCUGAGGGCGUCCUGGCUGUGUUGUUUGGAGCUUCUGCGGUAGCUGUAUUGGCCGCUCCAGUGGUUUCAUGGGUCCAAGACAAUAUCGUCGAAGUUCCUGAGGACGAGGAUACCGAUGUGAAGGUCAUUGUUGAUGAAGAGGCGGACUCCACAACGUUUCGUUUGUCAGAAGUGGUCAAGCAUGAUCGAUCAUCUUCGAGCAAAUGGGUCAUCCAUGGUACGUCUGUAUACGACAUUACCUCGUUCGUUGAGGCACAUCCAGGCGGAGAGGUCAUUCUUCGCGCUUGCGGUGGCUCAAUCGAUCCUUACUGGAAGCUGUUCAGCAUUCACAACAAGCCAGAAGUGAAGCGGAUUCUCGACGACUAUUACAUUGGUGAGCUGGACCAAAGGGAUCUGGACAGUCAAGGCAAGAUCAAUUGGUCUGGCACUGAGGGCGCUUGUAUCGACGAUCCAUUCAAGGAUGACCCAGAGCGCGAUCCAGAGCUGAUCGUGCGAACACCCAAACCCUGCAAUGCAGAGACUCCUGGCAGGCUUCUUGGCGACUUCAUCACUCCUUUGCGACUCUUCUUUGUGAGGCAUCAUCUCUGGGUGCCGAAAAUCGAUGCCAGUGAGCAUGAGCUGAAAAUCGAGCUGUCCGACGGCGAAGAGGUGUCGUACACUCUCGAUGACCUCAAAUCAAAAUUCCGAGUGCACACGAUUACAGCAACUCUGCAGUGCGCAGGAAAUCGCCGAGCGCACAUGAACGAAUCUCAGCACGGCAAGACUUCUGGUCUUCAGUGGGACAUUGGUGCCAUUGGUACUGCAGAAUUCACAGGCGUUCGUCUCCGCGACGUCUUGAUCGACGCUGGUUACGAUGUGGACAAAGCCUGUGCGACGUGUCCGAAUGACCCAGACGCGGACCAGCAUAUCCACUUUUGCGCACCCUCUGACACAUACGAACAAAGCAUACCCCUUCAGACAGCAUUAAAUCCUGCCUCGGACGUCCUGUUGGCCUGGAAGAUGAAUGGUGAAGAAAUGCCCCGCGAUCAUGGGGGGCCUUUGAGAGCAAUUGUGCCGGGAAGCGUUGCGACGCGCAGCGUGAAGUGGCUCGGGAAAGUUCGCCUGAGCUGUGAAGAGUCUCAAUCCAAUUGGCAUGCUCGAGAUUAUAAGUGUUUCGGGCCAAACGUGCGAGCUUCUGAUCUCAAGGCGGAGGACUGGGAGGCCGCACAAAGCAUCCAAGAAAUGCCCGUUCAGAGUGCAAUCACCGACAUCAUGAGAUGUGACGAUGGCAACGUGCCACUACGCGUGAACGGCUUUGCUUUCAGUGGCGGCGGAAGAAAGAUAGUCCGUGUUGACGUAUCUGCAGACGGUGGUCAAACCUGGAGACAAGCUUGUUUGCGUAAAGACGACGCCAAAGGUACCAGAAGAUGGGCUUGGACGCAGUGGACUAUCGAUUGGCCAAAGGACAAGCUACCACAAGCGAAUCCAGUGUUUGUGGUGAAGGCUGUUGACGAGGGCUACAACACUCAGCCGCAGACCUUUGAUGCGACGUGGAACUUUCGUGGACUCCUGGGAAAUGCCUGGCACAAGGUCCCGGUGGAGUUGUAA